UUAAGGACAUAAGAGUAAUUGAAUAGCUCUCUUCACCGUCUUCCUUACCCGCCGCCCCGCCGUGGAUAAACAGAACUUCUUCUCACAAAUUCCACUAUCAGAUCUUCUUCUUCUUCACUCAAAGCAAUCAGAGCCUCGGAGAGGAAGAUUUUGACACUAGGGGUUAUUAAUAUAUAAGCUUUGAUUUGUAAGUACUAGUUAUGAUUACAGAUCUAUACAAUGAAGAAAGGCUUGCACCCUCAAUUGCAGUAUGUAUCGUAUGUCACUCCGAGUGGCAGAUUGAUGGGUGCUAUGAUGACCAAAAUACACAAUGUCAGUAAAGUCUACCACCUCAGAGCAAAGCGUCAAAUGAUUGAAAGUGUUGGGCAGCUUGCCAAGUUCAAACGUCGUUACGAGAUAGGGAAUGAUGAAGAUGCUGCAAAUGCUGAAAAUGUUGAAAAUGCUGAAAAGAAGUGACCUUUAGGGCAGCUCAAGGAUCAGCUGUUUGCUUGGAUGGCUCAUUCUAAAUUUGUUUCGAGGGCAUGGCCUUGUGAGUGUUAGGAAUUUAAUGUUCACUUCUUUCAAUUAAUCAACCCCUUUUCAGAGUCUAGUCUUUUACAGGACAGCGAGUUAUUUCCUAUUAUGGUUUUGAUGUGCUUUUACCAUUAGAAUGAUCUAAUCUGCAUUCCUAUUUUCUUUUCAUUAAAUGUGAUCACUUUCCACCCUCUUCUCUUACUGGGAAGCCUAGAUUUAUGAGACAUCUAUUUCAUAACUAUAAGUUGUGUUAAAUAAAUAACUCAACUCCAAUUGCGUUUA